UGCUGUUUUCUCUCUGAUGAUGGAGGCUCUGAGUGAAGCUGGGCUGUGCUUUCCACAGCUAAUCAACACUUCCUGCAGAAGGACCCAGCACUUUCCUUCUGAGAACAUUUUGCUUUACGUUAUGCUGUCCUGCGUGUCUUUACUGACUGUGACUCUCAACUUGCUGGUCAUCAUCUCUGUCUCCCACUUCAGACAGCUCCACACUCCCACCAACCUGUUCCUCCUUUCUCUUGCUGUCUCAGAUUUCCUUGUUGGACUGCUGCUGAUGCCCAUUAGAAUCCUGCUGACUGGAGGCUGCUGGAUUUUGGGAAGCCUCAUGUGUUCUCUCUUUAACUACACCUCUUUUCUCCUCACAUCUGCCUCAGUAGGAAACAUGGUGCUCAUAUCAGUUGACCGAUAUAUAGCCAUCUGUGACCCUAUGAGUUACCAUGUUAAAGUGACACAAAGAAGAGUUCAAAUCUGUAUCUGUCUGUGUUGGGGCUGCUCUGCAUUUUACAAUGGUGUGAUAAUGAAAGACCAUUUGAUAGAUCCAGACAGAUAUAACUCCUGUUAUGGGGAGUGUGUACUUUGGGUUGAUUUUCUUGUACAAGCUUUUGAUGUCGUAUUCACAUUUCUUACUCCUAUUACAGUUAUUGUAGUUCUGUACAUGAGAGUGUUUGUGGUGGCUGUGUCUCAGGCUCGGGCCAUGAGGUCUCAAACUGCAGCUGUCAGGAUUAAAGGUUCAGUUCGCAUAACUGCUAAGAAGUCUGAGAGAAAAGCAGCUACAGUUCUUGGUGUUGUUGUAAUUGUGUUUAUAUUUAGCUUCUGUCCUUAUUUCUAUCCAGCUUUGGCAGGACUGAAUUUUUCAUUCAAUGAUUUUCUUUCAGCAUUUGGGAUCUGGUUAUUUUAUUUAAAUUCAUGCCUGAAUCCACUUAUCUACGCUUUUUUCUAUCCCUGGUUUAGGAAGUGUCUUAAAUUCAUUCUAACACUACAAAUCUUGCAGCCCAGCUCCUGUGACAUUAACAUACUGUAGAUAUAAGAGCUGCAAAUUAGCUAACAAAAUGUUGCUGUUCAUAUUUUGAAUAAAUUAAAGGAGAAAUGACAAAAUACACUAACAGUAAGUUAUAUCCGAAUUCACUUUAGACAUUUUGAACAGAUUAUCUACGUAUGUAGAUAAUGCUUUUAAAAAUUUGUUUCAUUUUGUUGUUGCACAGUGGUGAUGUUUGUAGCAUUGUUUCUUUGUAGCAAGAAAGUCCUGGGUUCGAUUCCCGACCCGGGAUCUUUCUGCAUGAAGUUUGCAUGUUCUCCCUGUGCGUCCUUAGGUGUACAUAGUUGUUUGUCGACCUGUCCAGCGUGUACCCUGCCUUUAGCACGAACUGUCUUUUUUGUGUGUGUGUGUGUGAAAAACAUAAAGAAAGUAUAAUGUGCCAUAAGGGAAUCAGGACUGUUGUGCAAUAAGGAUUGCAGAAAUGUUUGGCAUAUGUAACCAUUAUUAGUUAUGACCAUUAAAUUAUUUAUGAAAGUGUUCAUAGCUUAAGACAUUUUUAUUUUUAGCCAAGUCAAGGCACCACGUGACUAUCAGGAAUCAUUAGCCAUCCACAGUCAGUCUCUCUCAGGUACUGCCCUGGAAAUAUUCCUAAUGCUGUGUUUGUCAUGGUUUCAGAGAGUUUUGGGGGCCACAAGUGGAUUCAAGGACAGACAGUCCUAAGAUUUCUGACUUGAUUCUACCAGUCAGGUAUGGUUGAUCACUAGGCAUUGAAUGGUUGUCCAAAAGGUCCUAAAAAGAAACAGCAUACAAAUGACUUGAUUCUUCCAUGUGUGCAGCAGGUGGAUUUAACCCCCCAGGAGAGGUGGUGAAUUUUACAAACAGGCAUUAAGGCACACCUGAAUGACUGUCAUGGGAGAUUUUAGGAUUUACACGGAACCAAAGUGUUGCAUGAAUGAUUCAAACCAACACUUUGGGUAUGUUUGAUGAGGGAAUGACAGAAAAAGAUGCUCACUCUUUCUGGCUCAGGCUGAGGUAUUAUUCCUUUUUCUCAGAGUGAUGUUUCUCUUUGUCUAGUAGCCGUUCCACUGCAGCUCAGUAGUUUUUUUCUUGUGUCAUGUUUCUAGUUUCACUCUGAAAGUAGGCCAACAGAAAUGGACACAUG